AUGGAUACUAAAUCUAAUACAUUAGACACUAUUAAAUCUAGAAACAUAAUGGAACCUCAUUAUAAUGAUUCUGAGAUUAUUCAUAGUCCAGUUGAUGGCAAUUCAAGUGGUAUAAAUUUGAUGAACAUAGAAUAUUUAUGGUUUCCUUGCAAUGUGUGUGAGAAAAAAUUCUCUACUACAAUUGAAUUGAAUGUUCACCGAAAGUCACAUUCUGGAAUUGUACCAUAUGUAUGUAAGAUUUGUAAUAGAACUUAUCAGUUGAAAUUUCGAUGGAAUUGUCAUUUAAAAGGCCACUACAAAAAACACAAUCAAAAUCAAAAUAUAAAAUCAAACAUUACCAAACUAAAGAUUAAAUCUAUAAGUCAUAAAGAUAAAAUGAAAUGUCGAUAUUGCAAAAAAGAAUAUAACUCGAUAUCUCAGUGGAAAAGACAUAUGACAGAAGAAUGA